AUUUUAUACCCAGUAUUAAAGCAUCGAAAUGGCAGAGAAUAAGACCAAUGACGAUUUUGCAGAUUUUGAAUCAACUCUGCAAAAGAUUGAGGAUAUUCUAAACAAUAAAGACACUUUGGAGGAUGACGCAGCUACGCCGCCAAAGGCCAAAACAGCUGAAGACUUUGAAAACCUGGACGUGGACAAGGUGCAUUUGACAGUGCGUGAGAAUCGUACUUUGAUCAAUAAGGGCGAUGGAAAGACCAAGGCUCGACAGCCGGGAAUUGAGAAUGCUGCGGAUCAGCAGAGCUUCAUGCAGGAGGUGGAACGGGACGCCAAUGACCGGGCUCAAUCACGAGCCAAACGUGAGCACGAAGCGGAGCUGCAACGUUGUCAGGGAAACGAGGCUUUUCGCACUGGCAGCUAUGAGAAGGCUAUUUUGCACUACAACAAGGCUGUGGAGCGUAUUAAGGAUAGCGCUAUAACCUAUAACAAUCGUGCCUUGUGCUACAUCAGACUUCGCAAUUACAAGCGUGCGCUGGAUGAUUGCCAGUAUGUGCUGGACAAGCUGCAGGAGACAAAUCUGCGUGCCUGGCUCUAUAAGGCCACAGCCUACAAGCAUCUCAAGGAUGUGGACAAGUUUGAGGAAUGCGUUGCCAAGGCGCGUCAGCAUAAUCCACAACAGCUGGCCUAUAUAGACAAGUUCAUUGGACAGAUUGACGAGAAUAAUUAGUACUAGAUAUUAUAGACAUGUAAUUGAAUAUGUAACUACUUACUCAGCAUUAGCAUUACGCCCAGAAAAGAGACACACGAAUAAAGGAACGGCAGGUGAACGCUGCCCAAAUCUGUGAAGCGUAAACAACAACGGAAA